CUAAAGCGAAAGGAAAACAAAGCGAACGGAGACGCGAAUCAAAGCGCACGCGGCAAAAUGUAAACUUGCUUAUUGGUUUAUUUAUAACAGUUGCCGUCAUCGCAGUCGUGGAUUUGGCCCGUUGCUUGCGUGUGUUAAUUUAAUUUAUUUCAGCCAUUGGCAAUUGCUGCGUAUAUUCGGUAGUAAUUAACCGAAUACAGAAAUCUAUAGGUAUUGCGAACGCCUGCAGUUUGCCGCUCGAUCGCGUACAGUUGAGACGCGCAUUUUUUUCACCUCGCGCCAGCUAGGGAAUUUUCCACGAUGGUCUUAACGAAUUUCGAGUGCUGGGCACAUGGCGAUCCGGCGACAGCCGCCAAUUUCGAAACCGGGACACUUCGUCCCGCCAUCGAUCCGUUCAAUCCACGUGCUGUCACCCACCUGCCGGCUGCAUUUAUUACUGACGCCGAUGCCAACAACAACAACAGCAUCAACAGCAGCAGCAAUCACCUAAGUGGGCCACCGAUGCAGGAAGUCGUUAUGCCCAUGGAGGUGCGCUGCAAGAAGCGCCUGAAUCCCAAUGAUCCAACUGGCGGGGACUCGGACGUGGACCACCCAAUGUACACCAAGCGCUGCCGCUACGAUGAUGUAGACUUGGCUGCCCAGUAUUGCAAUGAUUUCUUUUCACUGCCUGCCACACAAAUAAUUGGAACACAGGCCUGCUUAAUGGAUUACGAGAUGCAGGCCAACGGCGGCAGUAUGAUGGAGGCAGAGGCGGCCCAGUCCCAUGAGGAGCAUCAUCAACAACAGCAGCAGCACCAGCAGCAGCAGCUUCUUCACCAACGCAUCCAUCAGCAUUAUCAAGAACCCGCAGAGCAACAAGCUGAGCCUAGGAAGCGCAAAUCAAGAAAUGACCUAGAUCUUUGCGAGAAAAUCCAAAAAUGUAAUGCCAAAUGCAGCGAAACCGAGGCGGACUUGUAUAUAGCCACGCAUGGCGGUUGUCUGCAUCACUUCCGUGAGCUGAGCGGCACGGAGCAGGAGGAGUCUGAUAUCUGAACUAUAGGGUUGUCUAUAGCCUAAGCCGAUAUAGAAUCAAUGAAUGCAUUGUAAAUCCUACCCUACCUAAGUAGUAAAGUAAGUUCCGCAUAUCGA